AUGAGUAAUCGAACUCAAUAUCAUUACGUUCAGCAACCAGGAACCGUGUACGUGCAACAAGGAUAUCCCCAACAAGUUGUCUACCAACAAGGACCUCCUGUCGGGCGUCCUGCCGGUCCACCUGUCGGACAACCUGUUCAAUACGUUCAGCAGCAACCAGCGACUGUCGUGUAUCAACAACAACCCCAGCAGGUUCAGUACGUAACCCAGCAGCAUCCCAGCCAAGCUGCCUACCAAGCUCAACAGAGUCAAGCUCGCCGAGUCAAUCGUGGAGCCGCAGUUGGAGCGCUAAUUGGCGCUAGAAAUGGCAACGCCCUGGCUGGAGCUCUUAUUGGACGAAGACUUGCUAAAUAA